AUGGCUGGGCCACUACACACACCCUUCUGUCCACUGGCAGACCGCUGGCAGCAGAUGAGCGACCUCAGCUACCGCAGUUACGUCAUCAUGCUAGACAGCGAGCGGUUUAAGUCGCUGGUGCGCUCGGCCGUGCCGCGCAACUACUCAACAGUCGUCAUGUUUACGGCCAUGGACGCGCGCCGCGGCUGCGCCAUCUGCCGGGAGGCGAAUGACGAGUAUAUGAUCACGGCAACAUCACACCGCUAUUCGAAGUCGUACCCCAACAACGUCUUCUUCGCUAUGGUCGAUUUCGACAAGGGCUCGGACGUCUUCCAGUCGCUCAAGAUCAAUACGGCUCCGAUGUUCAUCCACUUCCCGGCGAAGGGCAAUUACCGCAAGUCUGACAUCAUGGACAUCCAGCGGACGGGGAUUUCUGCCGAGAUCCUGGCCAAGUGGGUGGAGUCGAUGACGGACGUGCAGAUCCGCGUGAUCCGGCCGCCCAACUACGCCGGCACGGCCGGCCUCAUGCUGCUGAUGGCGCUGUUCGGCUUCCUCAUCUACCUGCGCCGCAACAACCUCGAGUUCUUGUACAACAAAACCAUGUGGGCGGUGUUGGCACUGUUCUUCACCUUCUCAAUGACAUCGGGCCAGAUGUGGAACCACAUCCGCGGCCCGCCCUUCAUGCAGAAGGCUCGCAACGGCGGCGUUCUCUACAUUGCCGGCGGCUCGCAGUCCCAGCUGGUGGUGGAGACGUACAUCAUCAUCGUGCUGAGCGCCCUCACCGUCAGCGGCAUGAUCUUGAUGAUUGAGGCGGCCAGCACCAAGGCGGACGUCAAGAAGCGCCGCAUCAUGGCCAUUGUCGGCCUGGCCAUGCUGGCACUGUUCUUCAGUCUGGAGCUCUCUAUCUUCCGCUCCAAGACCGGCGGCUACCCGUACAGCUUUCUGAUCCACUAGACGGUCGGGCCGCGCCGUCGCCGCCGCAGUCCGGGCCCGCGGCGGCGCGGCCGGGCCCGGUCGGCCAGAUGAGCGGGUGGUUUGUUGCGUUUUGCGUUGGCCGCGGUCGAUAGUGGCGCACCGUCCCCGCUGCGUUCACAUUCCGUGUCGGCGAGGCCCGUCUGUGAUGUUGGAUUGGUCGGAUUUGCGUGCGUUCUGUCCGCCUGUGGUGUUGGAUUGGUCGGAUUUGCGUGCGUUCUGUGCGCCUGUGGUGUUGGAUUGGUCGGAUUUGCAUUCGUUCUGUCCGCCCUGGUUUGGUUUUAAAUUUGUGUUGUGUUUGUUCCGGUCCGUCGCACCCGGCCGCCGAUUCUGGUGCGUGACGUCACAACGUGUGGUAUCUGUUCUGAGUGAUGCCUAUGGAGCACCAGCGAUUUCCUCCCCCGCGACGGCCGUAUGCCAGUGUUGGCCUCAUGUGGUGGCCAGAGAGGCUGUCUCGGCGGGCGAGUGGUUUUACACAAUACAGCUGUGCCGUGGGU